GAAGCUUUGGGAAGCUCCUGAAGCCGGAAGGAGCUUAAUUCCAUUAGGAGGGGCUUUUGCUGUCGGGUUUCGCUGAUUCUUUCCUCUUGCGCGUCUUCGGCUUGUUUCCUUUUCCGUCCAACAUGGAUCCUGUCGGUGUCGCUGCUGUCGUCCCCGCGGCUGAGGCGAGUCCCAGUCCAGCUUGGCCUCAAAGCAAGUGCCCAUGGGGGACUCCUAAAAACACUACCAUAUCAUGUUCCCUUGCUGAUGUCAUGAGUGAACAGCUAGCUAAAGAGUUGCAGGUGGAAGAAGAAAGUGCUGCUUUUCCAGAAAUAUCGGUUAUUGAUAGACCAUUUGUUAGUGGAGACAAUAUUGAUACUUCCAGUGACCUUAUGCUGGCACAAAUGCUGCAAAUGGAAUUUGAUAGAGAAUACGAUGCUCAACUUCGGCGUGAAGAAAAGAAGUUCAAUGGCGAUAGCAAAGUGUCCAUAUCUUUUGAGAAUUACCGAAAGGUGCAUCCUUUUGAAGACAGUGACAGUUCAGAAGAUGAGGUUGAUUGGCAGGACACUCGUCAUGAUCCCUAUAGAGCAGAUAGACCGACAACUACUCCAAAAAAGGGCUUUAUAGGAAAAGGAAAAGAUAUAACCACCAAGCAUGAUGAAGUUGUGUGUGGACGAAAGAACACAGCACGGAUGGAAAAUUUUGCACCAGAAUUUCAAGUUGGUGAUGGAACUGGUAUGGAUCUAAAAUUAUCCAAUCAUGUCUUCAAUGCCUUAAAGAGGCAUGCAUACUCUGAGGAACGCCGGAGUGCAAGGCUUCACGAGAAGAAGGAACAUUCUACUGCUGAAAAAGCUGUAGAUCCUAAAACACGUUUGCUUCUGUACAAGAUGGUCAAUUCUGGGAUGCUUGAGACCAUCACUGGAUGCAUAAGUACAGGAAAAGAGUCUGUGGUGUUCCACGCGUAUGGAGGAAGUUUGGAUGAAAAGAUCAAAUCUGUUCCUUCAGAAUGUGCCAUAAAAGUAUUUAAAACAACUCUUAAUGAAUUUAAAAAUCGUGAAAAGUAUAUCAAGGAUGAGUAUAGAUUUAAAGAACGUUUCAGCAAACUGAAUCCACGAAAAAUUAUCCGCAUGUGGGCUGAGAAAGAAAUGCAUAACUUAACAAGAAUGCAGAAGGCAGGCAUUCCUUGUCCACAAGUGGUUUGCCUAAAAAAACAUGUCUUAGUCAUGUCUUUCAUUGGUCAGGAUCAAGUCCCAGCUCCUAAGCUAAAAGAAGUAAAACUCAAUAGUGAAGAUAUGAAAAAUGCCUACUAUCAAGUUCUUCAUAUGAUGCAACAGUUAUAUAAAGAGUGUAAUUUAGUUCAUGCUGACUUGAGUGAGUACAACAUGUUGUGGCAUGGAGGACAGGUCUGGUUAAUUGAUGUCAGUCAAUCUGUAGAACCAACACAUCCUCACGGUCUUGAGUUCCUGUUCAGAGAUUGUAGGAAUGUUUCACAGUUCUUUCAGAAAAGUGGUGUAUCUGAAGUACUCAAUGAGCGAGAACUCUUCAAUGCUGUUUCAGAUUUAAAUGUUGCAGCUGAUGAUGAGGUGGAUUUUUUAGCUCAGAUUGAAGCUUUGGAGAAGAUUAAUGAAGAUCAUGUACAAAAUCAUGGGAAAAAAGUGUUUUUAUUUAUACAUGGUGAUGGGGACCCACCAACACUUUGUAAUGAAUAGCACUUUGGAUUGAACUGAAGUAUCUUUUUGGUGUCUCAAUUUUAGAGCAGUGAGUAAACCUCAGCUGCCAAAGGCAAUGGGGUGUGGUCAGCUCAGAUGCUGUAAUUGAAACUUCAGGGAAUAUACGUUGGUGCUUUGAUGUAUUUUAGAAAAGUCCACAAUUAGUCCAUUGGAACUAAUUACAUACCUUUGUGACAAACUAAAUUUCAUUUUCGGUUAAAUCAGUUUUGCAGUAGCAAAGUGUGUGUGAUAUAAAUAGUUAAGAUUUCCAAACGAUGUAAUACUUUCAGAUUAAAACACCGCAGUAUUACACGUACAAAGGUGAGAAUGAUAGAUGCUCUUUCCCUUGCCUCCAUUGCAUUUUGUUCUUAAAUAUCAGUAUAUGUUUGAGAGACUGAAAAUGUUGGAUCGUUUCAUGUUUUAGAACUAUCCAACACUGCAUUGUUAUCAAAAGUUUACUAUUUUUACAAGGACUUGGUAUGGAAAAAUUCUUAAUAUUUGAUAAAGGAAACCUAUAUUAAAUACUAAAAAUAGCUUAAAACGUUUCUAUCAUUUUUAUACACAGUAUAAAAAAUUGGCCUGCAAUUUGACUUCAAACUUUAGCCAUAAUAUAAUUCUUCAGAAAGGUGUUGCUAGAUAAUCAGUAACGAAUAUUUAAUCUUUUAUUUCUUAAAACAGUGCUUAAAUGGAAGAUAGUUUAAUAUCCUUAAGCCAAGUCUGAAUUAUGUGAAAUGAGUGGAAAGUACACAGCCGAGUUGUCUCUUAUAUAAACUUGAGAUUAUUGUAGAUUUUCAGUGUUUUCAAAGGAUUCAGAGAACAUCCUCACUUUUUUUUUUAAAAAGUCCAUAUAACAUAGUUUCAUGUGUAAUAUAGUGUGAUACAGUUUGUACAACCACUUACCACUUAAAAAUAAACCAGCAGAAUCAAG